CCCUUUUUUUUUUUUCUCCCUUUUCUCUUGCUGGCUUUACGGGGUCGGAGCCGCCGCCGGAGCUCCCGUCACCUCCGGUCCCCUCCCUCUCCCCCCGCGCGCAAGAUGGCGAUCGCGGUGAGCGGGGUUGCGGUGCCGGUUGUAGCCCGGCUGGAGGGCCGCGAGUUCGAGUAUUUGAUGAAGAAGCGCUCGGUGACCAUAGGCCGCAACUCGUCGCAGGGCUGUGUAGAUGUCAGCAUGGGCCACUCUAGCUUCAUCUCCCGACGCCAUCUGGAGAUUUUCACUGGCGGCAGCGGAGAUGGGGACGACGCAGACGUCGGAGACUUCUACCUGCGAUGUCUGGGCAAGAACGGAGUCUUCGUGGAUGGGGUGUUCCAAAGGAGAGGGGCCCCACCGCUGCAACUACCCCGAGUGUGCACCUUCCGGUUUCCCAGCACAAACAUCAAAAUCACAUUUACGGCUCUGGCCAGUGACAAGAAGCAGAAGUUGGAGGCACCAGAAUCCCCUGUGAAACCUGUGCAGCCCCAGAUCUCUCCCCUGACAAUAAACAUUCCAGACAACAUGGCACACCUGAUCAGCCCACUACCCUCUCCCACAGGAACUAUAAGUGCUGCAAACUCAUGCCCCUCCAGCCCACGUGGAGCAGGCUCAUCUGGGUUCAGAUUCGGCCGUAUAAUCCCCCAUGACCUAAUAGCAGAAGCUGCCCAAUCCGAAAAUGACAAAGAUGCUUCGGGGGGAGACAGUCCUAAGGAUGAUUCAAAACCUCCUUACUCCUAUGCACAGUUAAUAGUCCAAGCAAUUACCAUGGCUCCUGACAAACAGCUCACUUUAAAUGGGAUCUAUACUCACAUAACGAAAAACUACCCAUACUACAGAACAGCAGAUAAAGGCUGGCAGAAUUCCAUCCGACACAACCUUUCUUUGAACCGAUACUUUAUCAAAGUCCCCCGAUCCCAAGAGGAGCCCGGCAAGGGUUCAUUCUGGAGGAUAGACCCAGCCUCAGAAAGCAAGCUAGUAGAGCAGGCGUUUAGGAAACGAAGGCCUCGAGGCGUGCCCUGUUUCAGGACUCCCCUUGGGCCGCUCUCCUCCAGGAGUGCACCAGCAUCUCCAAAUCACGCUGGAGUUUUGUCCGCUCACUCCAGUGGUCUACAGACACCAGAAAGUUUGUCCAGGGAAGGAUCCCCUAUCCCUCUGGAGCCCGAGCCUAGCGCUAUCCAGCCAAAGCUAGCAGUGAUCCAGGAAGCACGCUUUGCACAGAGCGCUCCAGGGUCUCCUCUCUCCAGUCAACCAGUCCUAAUCACUGUGCAAAGGCAGCUCCCCCAAUCCAUGAAACCCGUCACUUACACAGUGGCUGCCCCAGUGACCACUGCCACAUCGCAGCAGGCAGUCAUGCAGACUGUACACGUCGUGCAUCAGAUCCCAGCCGUUUCCGUCACAAAUGUAACGGGCCUGGCCCCUAUCAACACCUACACUGUCGGAGGGCAAACAAUGGUCACUCAGGCUGCUCUGAUGGCCCAACCAAAGUUAGAGCCUCAUGAGAACGGAGACCACAAAGAGGUCAAAGUUAAAGUAGAAACUAUCCCUGCUAUUGGUCACCCCGCACUUACCACAGCAAGUCGCAUCAUACAGACCUCAUCGUCGGCACCCCUCCAGACGGUUACUAUAGUCCAACAGACUCCUUUAGGUCAACACCAGCUCCCAAUCAAAGCAGUCACACAGAACGGGACACACGUUGUACCCAUCACCACUGCCAUUCAAGGGCAGGUCACAACAGCUAACUCCAGCUACUCCCUGAUUGAGAGCCCAUGGCAGUGGAGAGGAAAUGGAACCCGAGCAGCAGCUAGCCCCCUCCAUAUGCUGGCCACUCACGCGUCUGCGUCUGCCUCUCUCCCAACCAAGAGACAAAAUGGAGACCAGAGUGAACAGCCGGAUAUAAAGAGGGGGAAAACAGACGAGCGGGAAGUGUUGGCAAUGACCGGCGGCCUUGACGCCCAAUCAGAAGUGGCAGCGUCUAAUGAACAAGAAAACCAAAAAUAGGAUCUGGGGCGACAUUUCUUUUUCUUUCUCUUCUUCAUUGGUUCUUUAUCCUGUUCCUGAAAGUUACACACGUUUAAAGAAAACAGCAGCAAAAGGUGCCAAACACAGACACUGUCUUAUCGAUGGGGGGCCCUGUGGAAAGAGACUUUUACUAGAUCAGCACUGAAAUAACACAGGUGGCCUUAGAAACUUCAUUUAACAACAAGAAUGAUAUUGACACAAAAUUGAAUUUGUUUUUGUUCUUCUCCUGCCCUGCCCUCCUCCGCUCCUUCAUUAUUCUGGUUCUCCUAAAGCUGCCCGGCCCUUCCUCAUUGGACAGACUGAAACAGACGGAAUGUGACAGCUUUUAAAGAUAUUAAAUCAAUUUUUGUUUUUUCUUUGUUUUUUUGAGUACUGAGCACAUGAUCGCGGCUAGCAUGGUAAACGCUUGGUGUGGACAGGUUUGGAAAUCACCCGUUGUAUAUUCCUUCAAAGAGAGAAGCUAUAACCUACAUCUCACGGCAGCUAGCUUCCAUGGUCCCCUUCAGAACCAGGCAUCAAUUUGAAAGGGGUGUACCUACCUAUCGCAUUGGAUUUUUUUUAAAGCAGUAUUUUGCUGUUUCUUAUGGACCUGGCCUUUAUUUAGAUUUUCUCACCCUGCAAAACAUUUUGGCGAAAGGGUCAUACAUUUCAGAGUUUUCAGCCACUCCGUGACUCGCGUGCAACAGAAACCGAUUUUUUUUUUCUUUUUAAACCCAAGGAGUGCUUUUUGUUUUGCUAUUUUAUCUGUCCGGGUAACCAUUCAAUGACACACUUUGCAAAUGACUUUUUUUUUUUGUUUUGUUUUGUUUUGUCCCCGUCCCGAAACCCUCCUCCCUCCCCCCGCCCCACCUUCCCCAUGUUUUAGACUGAUAAACGUAAUCCAAAAAUUUUCUAACCAUGUGUGGUGGUCAGAGGCUUCUUUUUUUGGCAUGCAUGUAACAGAUUUUAUGGGAAGAAGAAAAGAAAAAGAAAAAAAAAAUUAUAAAAGACAUUUAACAAAUUGUAAACAAACCGCUAUGAUUUUUUUUUUUUUUUUGAUCAGAGCUGCACUUAUCAUUGUCCCUUCUUAUGUUCUCUGUGCCUCCCAUCCUACUCCUCCCCUCCACCCCUCCUUCUAAAGUAAAGAAACUCGCUUAAUAUUGUGUAUGUUUAAAUGGCAGAAGACUCUGUUUAAGAUCCCACUUAGAAAGGAAACAAAAAUCCGGACAUCAAGAAAAAAAAAAAAUUACACAAAAAUAAAAAAAAAUCGUAAAGAAAACGUGUGGAAGCAAAAUUCAAUAACCAUUACUGCUUUUGCCUGGACUCCCACCCUAUUUCAGUGUUACCCCAAUAAAUGUCAGUAUCAUUCAUCACCAA